GUUAGCCCCGCCCAGGCGAGGAAAACGGUUCGCUCCGCGGUGCGCCGUGACGCCAUCACACUGGCCGGCUGCGAGGCGGAGAAGGGGCGCUGGAGAUUUUCAAAGCCACAUUAUGUCAGUAGCUCGUUCAUCCGUCCAUGCCAAAUGGAUAGUGGGGAAGGUGAUUGGGACGGCAAUGCAAAGAACAGCGAAAGUGAGAGUGACCAGGCUUGUUCUGGAUCCCUAUUUAUUAAAGUAUUUUAAUAAACGGAAAACCUACUUUGCCCAUGAUGCUCUUCAGCAAUGCAGCAUCGGAGAUAUCGUGCUACUCAAAGCUUUGCCUGUUCCUCGCACAAAGCAUGUGAAACAUGAACUAGCUGAGAUUGUUUUCAAAGUUGGACAAGUCAUAGAUCCAGUGACUGGAAAACCCUGUGCAGGUACUGCCUACUUGGAAAAUCCAGUCAGCUUGGAAACCACCGAAGCCAAAAACCUGAAAGAACUUUCCAGCUCUUCACAAUAAAGGAGUAGAAAGAGACGGGUGGUUUAUUUUUUUAAGGGAGAAAGUAUCACCUCCAGCUAUUUCUUCUGUUAUUUAUGAGAUAGAUAAAAGCAUAUGAUUAAAUACUUGUUGUCAUUUUUCAUAAAAGUUUCUGGUCAUCUUUCAGAAUUUCUCAGUCAACAUUCUUAUUGUACAUUCUUAUUGUAUUCCUCACAGUCUCCUACAUUAUUUUGUCCAUUCACUGUAUCUGUAUAUUUUACUUCAUUUUUAAGAAUUUACAAUAUUAGGAAUAUCAGGGAUUUAGCUCCAUUGGUUUGUUAUCAUUCAAAGAAUUGUGUAUAUCUUAAAACCUUUACUUGAAGGAAAAAAACCUUUUUAGAUUAAACAGACCAAACCACAUUAAAUCAUUAAA